GUCACAGGACUCGGGUUUCAGGACCACAGGGGGUAGGGGUGGGCUUUUACUUGAGAACGUGCGUAGAUCCAUUGAACGUUCAGUUGUGCGCCCAUAAAAUCACGCUAUAUAACCUGGAGGACUAACAGAAGAGGGGCUACGGCUGGAUAUCCUAUUAGAUCCGCAAAACGGACUGGACUGGCCGAGAGGACGGCGUCUGCUUCCACCGUCUCUCUCAAAGCCUCGCAUGUCUAAUAUUUAGACAUGUACCGCUUUCUGGAUUCGAGGACUGUACUGUUAUGUUUGGCAGCACAUAUUGUGCUUUUAGCGGUUGUCAAAUGUCAAGAAGAAAGUGAUCAGGAUGCAGGUAGCUGUACACAAGAUGGCCAGCACUAUAGUGAUAAGGAUGUGUGGAAACCAGAGCCAUGUCGCAUUUGUGUGUGUGACAUGGGCACAAUCCUGUGCGAUGAGAUCGUCUGUGAAGAGCUCAGGGACUGCCCCAAACCAGAGAUCCCAUUUGGAGAGUGCUGCCCCAUCUGUGCUCCUGAUCAACCUGCUUAUAGUGGAGUGCCAGGUGCUAAGGGGCAGAAAGGAGACCCAGGAGACAUCACAGAUGUCAUUGGUCCCAGAGGACCAGCAGGUCCCAUGGGACCUCCAGGAGAGCAUGGACCCCAUGGAAAGAGAGGCGAGAAAGGAGAAAAGGGGAGCCCUGGACCCCGAGGCAGAGAUGGUGAGCCUGGAACGCCUGGAAAUCCUGGUCCACCGGGACCCUCAGGACCUAACGGCCCUCCUGGCCUCGGAGGGAACUUUGCAUCACAGAUGGCUGGUGGAUUUGAUGACAAAGCAGGAGGUGCACAAAUGGGUGUGAUGCAGGGACCUAUGGGCCCUAUGGGUCCCAGAGGACCACCUGGCUCAACUGGAUCACCUGGUCCGCAGGGUUUCCAAGGCAACCCCGGAGAGCCUGGAGAAUCUGGUGGCUCUGGCUCUAUGGGUCCCCGUGGUCCCCCUGGUCCCCCCGGCAAACCUGGAGAUGAUGGUGAAGCGGGUAAGCCGGGCAAGUCUGGUGAUCGCGGCCCUUCUGGACCACAGGGAGCGCGUGGGUUUCCUGGAACUCCUGGUCUACCUGGAAUCAAAGGACACAGAGGUUAUCCAGGUCUUGAUGGACCAAAGGGAGAGACGGGAGCUGUUGGUUCUAAGGGAGAGGCAGGUGCUCCUGGUGAAAGUGGAGCUCCAGGGCCAAUGGGUCCGCGUGGUCUGCCCGGAGAACGAGGACGUCCAGGUUCUUCUGGACCUACGGGAGCUCGUGGAAACGAUGGCUUACCUGGACCUUCUGGUCCUCCUGGUCCUGUUGGACCUGCUGGAUCUACAGGAUUCCCCGGUUCCCCAGGUGCUAAGGGUGAAGCUGGACCCACUGGUGCUCGGGGGCCUGAGGGUGCGCAGGGACCCCGUGGAGAGUCAGGAACACCUGGAUCUCCUGGACCUUCUGGAAUUUCUGGUAACUCCGGUACAGAUGGAAUGCCUGGAGCCAAAGGAUCAGCUGGAGCCCCUGGUAUAGCUGGAGCUCCUGGAUUUCCAGGUCCCCGUGGGCCUCCUGGACCUCAAGGAGCAACUGGACCCCUCGGACCAAAAGGGCAGUCUGGUGAUCCUGGUGUCCCAGGGUUCAAGGGUGACGCUGGCCCCAAAGGAGAGAUAGGCCGUGCUGGUCCUCAAGGAGUACUAGGCCCUGCUGGAGAGGAGGGUAAGAGAGGGCCCAGAGGAGAACCUGGAGCUUCUGGACCACCUGGGCCCCCUGGAGAGAGAGGAACUCCUGGUAAUCGUGGUUUCCCAGGACAGGAUGGUUUAGCAGGUCCCAAGGGUGCCCCUGGUGAGCGUGGCCUUGCUGGAGUAUCUGGGCCUAAAGGUGCCAGUGGUGAUCCUGGACGCCCUGGUGAACCUGGUCUUCCUGGUGCUAGAGGCCUGACUGGCCGUCCAGGUGAUGCUGGUCCUCAGGGUAAAGUUGGUCCAUCUGGAGCUCCUGGUGAGGACGGUCGUCCUGGACCCUCGGGGCCCCAGGGUGCUCGGGGUCAGCCUGGAGUUAUGGGGUUCCCUGGACCCAAGGGUGCCACUGGUGAUGGGGGGAAGCCAGGGGACAAAGGACUUCCUGGUGCUCCUGGACUACGGGGCCUGCCUGGUAAAGAUGGUGAAACAGGUGCAGGUGGGCCCCCAGGUCCUGCUGGACCUGCUGGAGAGAGAGGAGAACAAGGGCAGCCUGGGCCACCUGGUUUCCAGGGUCUGCCUGGCCCUCCAGGGCCGCCUGGCGAGGGAGGGAAACCUGGAGAUCAGGGAGUCCCAGGAGAAGCUGGUCUUGCAGGAAUCACUGGACCCAGAGGAGAGCGUGGUUUCCCAGGAGAACGAGGAGGCGCAGGACCCCAGGGUCUACAGGGACCACGUGGUCUUCCUGGAACUCCAGGAACUGAUGGACCCAAGGGAGCUGUUGGUCCUGCUGGAACCCCUGGUGCUCAAGGGCCCCCUGGUCUGCAAGGCAUGCCCGGCGAGAGAGGACCUUCCGGUGUUCCAGGACCAAAGGGUGACAGAGGAGACAACGGUGACAAGGGACCUGAAGGAGCUGCCGGCAAAGACGGAGCACGGGGUUUGACUGGCCCAAUUGGACCUCCUGGCCCUGCUGGUCCCAAUGGUGAGAAGGGAGAGUCCGGACCCGCGGGACCCUCUGGACCUGCUGGUGCUCGUGGUGCCCCUGGUGACCGGGGUGAGACGGGUCCACCUGGUGCCGCCGGGUUCGCUGGGCCUCCUGGUGCCGAUGGUCAGCCUGGUGUCAAGGGGGAGCAGGGGGAGGGUGGGCAGAAAGGAGAUGCAGGAGCCCCUGGACCACAAGGGCCCUCUGGAGCUCCAGGACCUCAGGGACCAACUGGUGUUUAUGGACCUAAAGGUGCUCGUGGUGCUCAAGGACCUCCUGGAGCUACUGGAUUCCCAGGAGCUGCUGGCAGAGUUGGGCCACCAGGUCCCAAUGGUAAUCCUGGCCCGCCUGGUCCGGCUGGGCCUCCUGGGAAGGACGGUCCUAAGGGUGUGCGUGGAGAUGGUGGUCCCCCAGGUAGACAGGGUGACUCUGGCCUGCGUGGACCUGCUGGUCCACCUGGAGAAAAGGGAGAACCCGGGGAGGAUGGCCCUCCUGGUCCAGAUGGCCCAGGAGGUCCCCAGGGUCUUGCUGGGCAGCGUGGUAUUGUGGGUCUGCCAGGACAGCGUGGUGAAAGAGGCUUCCCUGGCCUUCCAGGGCCGUCUGGAGAGCCUGGGAAGGAGGGGACUCCAGGAGGACCUGGAGAUCGCGGCCCUCCUGGACCCGUAGGGCCACCUGGACUAACAGGUCCAUCAGGAGAAGCUGGUAGAGAGGGCAACCCUGGAUCAGAUGGUCCUCCUGGUCGGGACGGUGCCCCGGGAGUUAAGGGGGACCGCGGUGAAACUGGCUCGGCUGGGCCUCCUGGUGCGCCAGGUGCUCCUGGUGUCUCGGGGCCUGUUGGUCCCACUGGCAAACAGGGGAACAGAGGAGAGGCUGGACCCCAAGGACCCACUGGACCUCCAGGACCUGCUGGAGCGAGAGGAAUGGCUGGACCCCAAGGACCCCGUGGAGAUAAAGGAGAGUCCGGUGAAUCUGGAGAGCGGGGCCAGAAGGGUCAUAGAGGGUUCACAGGUCUCCAGGGUCUACCUGGGCCUCCAGGCCAGGCUGGUGACCAGGGUGCUGUAGGACCCACUGGACCAAGUGGAGCAAGGGGACCACCAGGCCCUGUUGGUCCAUCCGGAAAAGACGGAUUCAAUGGCCUGCCUGGCCCGAUUGGACCUCCUGGACCCCGUGGUCGCUCUGGAGAGACUGGACCAGCUGGUCCCCCUGGUAAUCCCGGACCCCCUGGACUUCCUGGGCCUCCUGGACCUGGAAUCGAUAUGUCUGCCUUUGCCGGUCUGUCUCAUCUAGAGAAGGCCCCUGAUCCGCUGAGAUACAUGAGAGCUGACCAGGCGGCAGGAGGCACCAGGCAGCAUGACGCAGAGGUGGAUGCUACCCUCAAGUCCCUAAAUAACCAGAUCGAGAGUAUACGUAGCCCCGAUGGCACCAAGAAGAACCCUGCACGCACCUGCAGAGACCUCAGGAUGUGCCACCCAGACUGGACGAGCGGAGAGUAUUGGAUCGAUCCUAACCAGGGCUGCACCGUUGAUGCCAUGAAGGUCUUCUGCAACAUGGAAACUGGUGAAACUUGUGUCCACUCCAAACCUGACAAAAUCCCACGCAAGAACUGGUGGAGCAGCAAGAGCAGCCACCGCAAACACGUCUGGUUUGGGGAGACCAUGAAUGGUGGAGUCCAUUUUAGCUAUGGUGACGACAACUUGACUCCUAACACUGCCAGCAUCCAGAUGACUUUCCUGAGGCUGUUGUCCACAGAGGCCUCACAGAACCUCACGUAUCACUGCAAAAAUAGUGUGGCUUACAUGGACCAGAGCACAGGCAACCUGAAGAAGGCUCUGAUUUUGCAAGGUUCCAACGACAUGGAGAUCAGAGCUGAAGGCAACAGCCGCUUCAGAUACAGUGUGCUGGAGGACAGCUGCAUGAGUCACACAGGGCAGUGGGGCAAAACGGUGAUUGAGUACAAGUCUCAGAAGACCUCCCGCCUGCCCAUUGUGGAUAUUGCCCCUCUGGACGUUGGUGGGGCUAAUCAGGAAUUUGGCGUUGAUGUUGGUGCAGUCUGCUUUUUAUAAAGGAGGGCGCAUGGGAAAAACAAGAAAAGAAAAAGAACACAAAGGAAUGAAAGCAGAGAAAAAUGAAGAUCAAGACGUUUGUUUUUAGCAGGACUUCUAAACUAUUUCCCAAAUGUAAUCUUAGGA